CCCACCCCAUGCCUCCAACACUACGCACUCACGUUAUAGCGUACUUCGCUCGUUCAAUAACGCAGUCUUCGCUAUGUCUGCCGGAAAGCGUCCUGCCGCUGACUCUUUCGGCUCAACGCAAUUAGUCAAACGCGCCAAGUCGGACGCAAAUAUUGGGGGAAACUCUCAGGUGGCAGUGGUGAACGGCCCGGUGCAAAAUGGCGAGCUCAUACAGGCUGUCCCGCGCCUCUCCUCUCUUCAGUCGCCGGUCAUGGAAUUGGCUGGCCACACUGGAGAGGUGUUCGCUGCUCGAUUCGACCCGACGGGCCAAUACAUCGCCUCAGGCUCUAUGGACCGAUCCAUAUUGCUAUGGCGAACAUCUGGCGCCUGCGAUAACUUCGGCGUCUUGAGUGGGCACAAACAAGCCGUGCUGGACCUACAUUGGUCGCGUGAUUCAAGGGUGCUGUACUCAGCUUCGGCCGACAUGCAGUUAGCGAGUUGGGAUACCGAAACUGGCCAGAGGAUACGUCGGCAUCCUGGUCAUGAAGAAGUCAUCAACUGCAUGGAUGUUCGAAAGCGCGGCGAAGAGUUACUUGUCAGCGGCUCGGAUGAUGGGUCUAUCGGAAUCUGGGAUCCGCGAAUGAAAGAAGCCAUAGACUACAUCGCGACCGAGUUUCCCAUCACAGCAAUUGCGUUGAACUCCGACACCAACGAACUAUUCACGGGCAGCAUCGACAACGACAUCAAAGUCUGGGAUCUCCGUAAAAAGGCCGUUACAUAUGCACUGCUUGGACAUACAGAUACCGUUACUUCAUUGGCAAUCUCUCCGGACGGCCAGUCGCUACUUUCGAACUCACAUGACUCCACGGUUCGCACUUGGGACAUCAGACCUUUCGCUCCAGCCGAUCGACGCAUACUCACUUAUGACGGCGCACAGCGAGGGAUGGAACCUAAUCUACUCAGGGCGUGCUGGGACAUCAAAGGUGAAAGGAUAGCCGCGGGAAGUGGUGAUGGGAGCGUAGCCAUCUGGGACGCACGUACCAAGAAACUCUUGAACAAACUUCCAGGUCAUCGCGGAGCAGUGAACGAUGUCCGCUUCUCGCCUCGGGACGAGCCCAUAAUACUUUCUGCGUCUUCGGAUCGCACGCUCAUGCUCGGGGAACUAGGCAAGUGAGGAGGUUAUUGAGAAACAUGGCUUCAGAGCGGUGGUUGAGAAUAGAUCUUUUGGUUACUCCACAGUGGAUGCAGUCGCAAAGCGCGGGGGGAUCGUUCGGCGGACGCCAUGCAUGUCACAGGGGCCGCACCUACAGGCUGGACACAUCGGUGCGACGUGAAGUGCUCAGAGACAGGGUCCUAGUGUUGGCGAGUUCUGAACAACGAAAAUGCGCCAGGGGACACGAACUUGUGUAUACUUGUCGUACAACGACACGCAAAUCCAAGCUGUCGACCGAAAUAUCAGAUACUUG